AGUUGGGGCCAGGAGGAAAUGAAAGGAGAAUCUGGGCUGAAAACCUGAGGAUUGGAUCAGUUUCUGACCCCCUGCAGCCAUGGAGGGAAGCAGCAGCACUGUCAGGGCCCAGGCUCUCCUCCCUCUCCUCCUCCUGCUCCACGUGGCCACGGCAGCACCACCUCACCUCGGGGACAACUUCCUGGUGGCCUUCAUGCAGAAUGAGCUGCAGCAGAGCCUGCAGAGCGACCUCCGGCUGCUCCUCAGCGGCUCCUCCCCCUCCACCUCGGUCACCAUCUCCAUGAGGAAGCCUGGGCUGAGGAUGACUCUGCAGGUGCCUGCCGGCCAGACGGUGCUGGUGAAGAUCCCGCCCCAGGCCGAGAUGGUCGGGAGCAGGACCUUCGACAACGCCGUGGCGGUGAAGGCCUCCGGCGCCAUCUCCGUGGUGAUGGUCAACGAGAAGCCAACCUCGGUGGACUCCGCCCUGCUGGCCCCGGUCCACGCCUGGGGCACCGAGUACCAGGUGGUGACCCCCGGCGUGGGCACCGACCGCUACGGCCAGUUUGCGGUGGCCGCCUGGGACGAAGCCACCCAGGUGGAGGUGCAGCUCAAGGCUCCGGUGACCUUCCAGGGCAGGUCCUAUCCUCGGGGCUCGGUGAUCUCCCUGCGGCUGGAGCCUUUCCAGGCCGCCCAGUUCCAGAGCCCGGCAGACCUGUCCGGCACCAAGGUGACCUCGGACAGGCCGGUCGCCGUCUUCAGCGGCCACACCUGCCUGGCCAGGUUCUCCACCUGUGACCACCUGGUGGAGCAGCUCCAGCCGGUGUCCAGCUGGGGGACCACCUUCAUCGUGCCUCCCUUGCCCUUUGAGGCCCAGUCAGACAUGGUCUACGUCUCCAGCUCGCAGAAGACGACGGUGGAGGCUCAGCACGGGGCCACCAAAACUGUGCGAGCGCUCCGCGCCGGCAGGACCACCUUCUACGGCCUCCAAGCCGCCAACGCCUUGACCCUCAAGGCUGACCGCGGUGUCCAGGUCAUCUUCUUCUCAGAUGGAGGCCUCAAAGGUGACAUCUCCUACGACCCCUUCUUUAUGACCAUCCCAGACGUCUCCAGCUACUGCAGCUCCUACAAACUCUUCACCCUGGAAGGUUAUGACAACUAUGGGCUGCUGGUGGCCCAGGCCUCGGCCACGGCUGGGCUCAAGCUCAACCAAAGACCCUUGGGCAACCUCUCCUGGAAGCCUGUCCCCGGCACCGACUAUGCCUGGGCAGGGCUGAACUUGGGUAGGCAGUUUGGUGUCCACACCCUGGAGCAUGAGACCUCCCCCUUUGGUCUCCUCAGUGUUGGGGUCCGGGAGCAGAAGGCCUACGGCUUGGUGGCCAUCUGCAGCAGCGAUCCUUGCCGCCUGGUGAGCUGCCGGCCCAAGGAGACCUGCAGGGUGGAGAAGGGUGAAGCUCUCUGUGCCCAUGACUACAUGGGCACCUGCAUGGGGUCAUCACCCCUCCGGUACCACACCUUUGAUGGCCUGACCCUGCACACCCAGGGGGGUUGCACCUACACCCUGGCCAAGUACUGUGGUGAGGAUCCCACCCUGGAGUCCUUCAGUGUGGAGGAGAAGAGGACUGAAGGUGACCUCAAGGAGGAGCUGACCAACAUCUAUGUCUAUGGCUACAACAUCUCCAUCCACAAAGGAGGAAGUGGUGACAUCAAGGUCAACAACCAAGCCAUCACCCUCCCAACCACCCUGGGGGCUGAGAAGGUGCAGAUCUUCCGCAGCCAAGGUCACAUUGUCCUCCAGACCCAGUUUGGGCUCCAGGUGACCUACGACGAAGCCUGGGCCAUAGCCCUGGCCCUGCCCAGCAGCUACUUCGGGGCCACCUGUGGCCUUUGUGGCAACUUCAACGAGGACCUGGAAGAUGAGAUGAAGCUUCCUGGUGGGACUCCAGCUCCCAGCCUGGAGGAGUGGGUUGAAAGCUGGCAAGAUGCCUCCUGCCAGGUCCAUUGUGGAGAGCAGGAGGUGCUGCAGGACACAGGAGAAUGUGCUCCCAGGUGCCCUCAGAACAGCCACUUCGAGCCCUGUGGGACCUCCUGCCCGGCCACCUGCACCCAGCCGCAGGCUCCCAGCUCCUGCCUGCAGCCCUGCAGGCCGAGCUGCCAGUGCGACCCAGGCUUCGUGCUGCGGGAGGCCACCUGCGUCCCCCUCGAGUCCUGCUCCUGCUCCCACCAGGGCAGCUCCUACAAGCUGCAGGAGGAGUUCUGGGCCGACGAGGGCUGCCGGCGCCGCUGCCGCUGCGAGGCCGGCGGGAAGGUCACCUGCAGGGAGGCUGGGUGCAGAGCCCACCAGCAGUGUGUGGUGGCCCAGGGCGUCCCCAGCUGCCAGCCUGCCAGGUUCCUGACCUGCGUGGGGACAGGAGACCCUCACUACACCACCUUCGACGGCCUCCGCUUCGACUUCCAGGGCACCUGCCUCUACCAGCUGGCUGCGCUCUGCAAGCAGGGCCCCGGCCUGGUGCCCUUCGUGGUCACCGUGGAGAACAACAACCGCGGCAGCAAGGCUGUGUCCUUCACCAAGAAGGUCACCCUGGAGGUCUACGGCGACGUCAUCACCAUGAGCCAGGAGCACCCCAAGAAGGUGCAGGUCAACGGCGCCUUCGUGGAGCUCCCUUUUGGCCACAAGGAGCACUUUGAGGUCUACCACAGCGGCGUCCACGGCUUCGUCCGGACCUCCUUCGGGCUGCGGGUCAGCUUCGACUGGUACAGCUACGCCAGGGUCAUCCUCCCCGCGGCCUACGCUGGCGCCGUCUGCGGCCUCUGCGGCAACGCCAACGGCGACCCCGACGACGACUUCGCCACCCCGCAGGGCCAGAGGGCUGCUGAUGAGGUCCAGCUGGGCAGCAGCUGGAAGGUUGGAGAAGUUCCUGGCUGCUCCGCAGGGUGCGUCGGGGACUGCCCAAGCUGCAGCCAAGAGCAGAAGGAGCUCUACCGUGGGGAGCAGUACUGUGGAGUCAUCUCCAGCCCUGAAGGACCUCUCAAGGCUUGCCACCAGGUACUCAACCCGAGGUCCUACCUUGAGGAUUGUGCCUUUGACUCCUGCCACUACCGAGGCCACCGAGACACCCUCUGCAAGGCCAUCGCCGCCUACGUCACCGCCUGCCAGAGCCAGGGGGUGGCCCUGGAGCCCUGGAGGACCUCCACCUUCUGUGGUCCAUCCUGUCCUCGCCACUCCCACUAUGAGCUGUGUGGCCCCAGCUGCCAGGCCACCUGCCGUGGUGCCCAGGCCGAGCCCGAGGGCUGCUCCUCGCUUCCCUGCACCGAAGGCUGCUUCUGCGACCAAGGCUUCGUCCUCAGCGGAGCCCAAUGCGUCCCGGCCGCGGAGUGUGGCUGUGACCACCAGGGGCAAUACUACCAGAAGGGGCAGGAGUUCUACCAAGCCUCUUGCCGGGAGCGCUGCCUCUGCAAAGGCCAAGGGCUGGUGGAGUGUGAGGAGGUCUUCUGCGGCGCCCAUGAGGAGUGCAGGGUGGAGGAUGGGGUCCUGGGCUGCUUCCCUGCCAGCUACGGGCGCCUGGUGGUGUCGGGAGACCCUCACUACCUGACCUUCGACGGCAGAGCCUUCCACCUGCCCGGCUCCUGCACCUACGUCCUGGCCCAGGUCUGCAGCCCCCAGCGGCGCUUGGCCAACUUCUCGGUGCUGCUGGAGCACGACGCGGGCGGCCACGGGGGCCUGGCGCUGGUCAAGAGGGUGCAGGUCAGCGUCCACGGCGCCACCAUCAGCAUGGAGCGGGGACGCAGCUGGGAGGUGAUGGUGAACAGAGAACUCUUCACCCUGCCCCUGGUGACUGAGGACAGGAAGCUGAAGGUGAGCCAGGAGGGCAACAACAUCGUCCUGCAGACAGCCGCGGGCCUGCGCCUGCUCUACAACUCAGCCUCCUACCUCCUGCUCACCAUCCCUGACGCCUACCGCGGCCGCGUCUGCGGCCUGGGCGGCAACUACAACGGCGACCCCGGGGAUGACUUCCGGCUGCCCGGUGGCAGCUUGGCCAGCAGCACCCAAGACUUUGUCACCUCCUGGAAGGUGGAGGGGGCAGCCUGCACUGAUGGCUGCGCCCCCGAGCAGUGCCCCCCCUGUGACAUCACCGCUGCCGCCGCUGCCCCCUACAGAGCCACCGACUCCUGCGGCCUCAUCCAAGACCCCAAGGGACCUUUUGGGGCCUGCCACCCCAGGGUGAGCCCUGUGGAGUACUUCAACCACUGCCUCCACGACCUUUGUGCUGCUGAAGGAGCCAGGGACGUCCUCUGCCACAGCCUCCAGGCCUACACGGCCGCGUGCCAAGCCGCCGGCGCCGAGGUCGGCAGGUGGAGAACGGCCACCUUCUGCCCCCUCCCCUGCCCACCCAACAGCCACUACGAGCUCUGCACCAGGACCUGUGACUUCACCUGUGCCGGGCUGACAGCAUCGGUGCCCUGCAGCUGGAGCUGCUUCGAAGGCUGCGAGUGCGACGAAGGCUUCCUCUUCGAUGGCGGCGCCUGCGUGGCCCUGGAGAGGUGUGGCUGUGUCCACCAUGGAAGGUACCUCAAGUUCCGCUCGAGCUGCAGGGAGCUGGAUUUAGCUGAGCACCUCAAGCUCUGGAGCUGCUCCACCGCCCUCUGCUCUUCUCCUACCCAGGCAGGCGACACCAUCCUGGCCAACAACUGCUCCACCAGCUGCAGCUGCGACCUGUCCCGAGGCCUCCUCUGCCAGGACACCAACUGUCCCCCGGGGCAGGGCUGCACCACGCAGGACGGAGCUCAGAGGUGCACCAGGCUGGAAGGCCGCUGCCAGCUCCGCCCCGGCGCCACCCUGACCACCUUCGACGGCGCCAGCGGAAAGCUCCUGGCCAGUGGCACCUACAAGGUGGCCUCCCUGUGCCAGGAGCAGUCCCCCAGCUGGUUCAAGGUGGUGGUGGAGGUCAGCGAGUGCAGAGAGGACCAAGUGCCUGCCGCCACGGCCACCUUCGUCUUCUUCCGGGAGGCCUUCAUCAGGGUCAACGCCAAUGGGGAGGUGUGGGUCAAUGGUCUCUUCACCCCACUUCCAGCUGUGGUGGCCAAAGUCAUCUCCUUGAAGGAAGCCCUGGGGGACAUCAUAAUCUCCCACCCAUCAGGGCUGGAUGUCCUCUUCAGCCCAGGUGGGGAGGUGACAGUGACCGUUGGGGCCACCUUGGUCAAUCAGCUCUGUGCUCCAUGUGGGAACUUCAACGGAGACCCCAGAGAUGACCUGAAGCUCCCUGACGGUCGGACCAUGAGGAGCAUUGGGGAGGUGGUAGAUGCCUGGAAGGCCAAGGACUUCACAGGGUGCCAUGCCUCCAAGCUGAUGAGGACAGAGGUGGAAGCCCCUAUCUACCCCCUGCAGUAGAUGAAGCCACCUGGUGGACCCAUACCAGAAGACAAUCUU